AUGAAUAUGGAGUUAUACAUGUUCCCAUUACUACACAUUAUAAUACUCAGUUGUAGUUCUAAUCUGUUCCUACUUCCUGUGCAGCCACUUUGCCACAAGGAUGAAAGCAUUGCCUUAUUGCAAUUGAAGGAGAUCCUGACCAUAAACAUGUCCGCUUCUCGUGACCCUAGGGCCUAUCCGAAACUUGCGUCAUGGGAUCAGGCAGAACAAAAUGGCGCCGAGUCUGAUUGUUGCUCGUGGGACGGAGUCCAGUGCGAUGGCAAAACUGGUCAUGUAAUUUCUCUUGAUCUUAGUAGUAGUUGUCUUUAUGGUUCUAUCAGCUCUAGUACUAGUCUUUUUAACUUAAAACAUCUUCGAAUGCUAAACCUGGCGGAUAAUCAUUUCAAUCACUCUCAAGUCCCAGCUAAACUAGGCCAUCUCGCAGAUUUAACAUAUCUCAAUCUCUCUAAUUCCUUUUUUAGUGGGCUUCCUUCAGAAAUUUCACUUCUCUCCAAUUUGUCGACAAUCGACCUUAGCUAUGUCGACAUAUCGUCCCAAGUGCCUGAGUUUUUGGUAAAUCUCUCUUCUUUAAAGCACCUUCUCAUGAAAAAUUGUGGACUGUAUGGAGACUUUCCAGAAAAGAUUUUCCACCUUCCCAAACUUCAGUUUCUUGCUGCACAACACAAUCCAAAUCUCACUGGUCAGUUCCCCGAAUUUCGCUCAGGUAGUCCUCUUAGAACAAUGUGGUUUUCCCGUACAAACUUAGCCGGUGAAAUACCUUUUUCAAUCGGAAAACUUGAAUCCUUGGAAAUUUUGAGUGUUGCAAAGUCCAAGUUUUCGGGGUUUCUUCCCUCUUCACUAGGCAGGCUAGCUAAUAUCACUUUUUUGGACCUUUCCUACAACAAUUUUAGCGGAGAAUUCCCUACUUUCCUUCAAAACCUUACCAAGCUAAACAUCUUAUGGCUUGGCGGGAAUCAACUAACUGGCCAAAUCCCAUCAUGGAUGGGAAACCUUACGGAAUUAAGAGUCCUAAGCCUUGCAAGGAACAAAUUGAAUGGUCCCAUACCCCAAUCAUUGUCUAGGCUAAAGAAACUCCAAACACUUAAUCUUUACGAGAAUUAUUUCAAUGGCACGGUCGAUUUUAGCAUGUUUGAUGACAUGAAAGAUCUUAUGGAACUAGCACUUGGUAACAAUCAAAAUUUGUCAGUGCUUACAAACCGUGCCAACAAUACAAAAUCAACAUACCCUAAAUUUGAGAUCUUAGGAUUGACUUUCUGCAAUUUAAGGGAAUUUCCUGAAUUCCUAAAACACCAAGACAAACUAAGAUUCUUGGAUCUUGGGAGAAACAAUAUAUAUGGUCCAAUGCCCAAGUGGGUAUGGAAUGCAAGCAUGCAUACUAUUGUCUUUUUGGCCGUUAAUGAUAACUUCUUGACGAGCAUUGAACAAUUUCCAACAAUGUUCUGCGAGCUAAGUUCCCUUGUACUUCUUGAUUUGUCCAAUAACUUGUUGAGUGGAAUACUUCCACAAUGUUUGGAGAAUCCCAAAAAUGUCCUUUCCAUAUUGAGUAUUAGAAACAAUUCCUUUCAUGGUACCAUUCCUCAAAUUUGCUCAAAAAAUGGAAGCAAUUUGAGGAUGAUUGAUCUUAGCUAUAACCGGCUUAAGGGGCAAUUACCACGGUCAUUGGCGAAUUGUAUGAUGCUCGAGAGCAUUAAUCUCGGAAACAAUCAACUGCUUGAUCUAUUCCCAUCCUGGCUAGGGAGUCUUCCAAAGUUGAGCCUGCUCACACUUCGGUCAAAUCGCCUUCAUGGAGUGAUCAGGAACUCUACAUCUACUCAUGAGUUUCAAAGUUUGCGUGUUAUUGACAUCUCUUACAAUAAUUUCCAUGGCGAAUUGCCAUCAGAAUACCUCCGAAAUUGGCAUUCCAUGAAAGUCACUGACUAUGGAAGAUCACCGGUAACGUAUAUGCAGACGCAAUCAAGUUUUGAAGCUGUAAGGCGUACAUGGACUCUAGAAUAUGCCUACUCGACCACAAUAACAGUUAAAGGCUUGAACUUGCACUAUGGAAGGAUCCAAGAAAUUCUUGUCGUCAUCGAUUUUUCUAGCAACAGGUUCCAAGGUGAGAUUCCGCAUUGCAUUGGGGACUUACAAGGGCUUAGACUACUCAACCUUUCCAACAACAAUCUUAAUGGUAGAAUUCCAUAUUCUUUUGGGAACAUGACAUCCCUCGAAUCGAUUGACUUGUCGCGAAACAAACUUUCCGGAGAGAUUCCUCGGAGUCUUGUGGAACUCACUUUCCUUGCUUUCUUCAACGUCUCCAACAACCUUCUCACAGGACGAAUACCCCAAGGGAACCAACUCAGCACAUUUGAGAAUACCUCGUACAUGGGAAACUUGGAAUUGUGUGGUGAUCCCUUGUCCAAAAAGUGUGGACAUAAUGCUGACAAAUCUCCUACAGAACCAAGUUCGAGAUUUGGAGACCAUGAAGAGAAAGAUUGGGACUACUCUUUGUUUCGUGACUUUAAUUGGCUGACGGUUGUUAUUGGACUUAGCGGUGGAAUUGUUGUUGGAGUCAUGCUUGAGAACACUAUAAUGACAAAGAAGCGAGUGUUAUGGUUAGCGAAGAAGAUAACAUGUUGGGGCAAGAAGAAGUCGCAAGCGAGGAGACGUAUAUAGAGCUUGAAAUAUACUGUUGUUCUUGUGAAUUAUAUUAUAAAUGUAAGGGCACUUGUUAAGCUGA